CUCCUCACCCUAACCCACCUUCUCGACCUGCAGAGUUCCCCUCCUGGGAGCAGAACGGAGGACCUGCUGCCGGAAAAGAGGGUAAGAUGAGCACUGUCCUUCCAUCUGUGAUGACAAAGUACUCUGAGGGGAAGUUAAAGGUUUUUUUUUUUUUGCAAAACAGAAGAGCAAGAAGUUCUACGCGAACAGGCAUGUUGACAAACGUUUUCUCAACCGUAGCCUUCAAGAUCUUUUCAUUUUUUUUGAAUGGAUAAAUCUGAGUGCCACAAAGCAUGAUUGCAUUCAGAGGAAUGUUGAUUUUGAUCUUCACCAUUUAUAAGGGUUCAAUGGAAAAGUAAAUAUGAUCAAGGAAUAAGACCCACAUCAAGUCAGGACACCUUCCGUACUUGCAAGGCGAAGAAGUUUGUGACAGAAUUCAUGGGAAAAAGCAGGACUCCUGCCUAUGAUCCUCACCUGUGAAGAAGAUGGACUUACCCAGUCAGCACUUGCCUGAGGAGGUCAGCUGAAGCCGACGCCACGCAGCUAAGUUUGGAUUAGCAGGCCGAACGAGUUUCAAUGCUCCCCCACGUAUUAAGAUGAAGUUAUGGAAAGGUGCUACUUUUGCCUUCGUGCUCUGUGCUGCAGCCCUGUCCACCUUCUUCAUUAGAAACAUGGCCUCCAUCAGAGGAUUCACAGUCCAAGAGAAACAUCCACAUGCAUCUUCUCCCUCAGAAACAAUCCCUAAAUCAUCUUUAACAUCUUCAGCGGAACCAAGAGUGCUACCCUGGCAGACAGAAAGUCUUCGUCGGGAGACCCGUUCAACAGGAAACAACAUAAAUUCCCUGCUCUCAGAAUUCUCCAUGAUGCUGCAGAGCUUUACAGAGAGUGAGCUUCAGCAUGUUCUGGGAACAUUGCUGGACAGGAAGAGAAGGAGGGGCCAGUCCCUCGGUAUGACUCAGGCUCGAAGGACUAAAAGAGCUCAAAAAUCCAGGCCCUGCUCCCUGAGGAAGCUGGUUCUGACGGUGAACGAACUGGGUCUUGGCUUUGAGAGCGACGAGACCAUACAGCUGCAGUACUGCAGCGGUCAAUGCGAUAAAGAAAGGCAAAACUAUGACUUCGUCAUGAAGCACAUGGUUGAAAAAGGCUACAUUGGGAAGGGUCGAAAGAACAAAGUUAGCAAAGAACCCUGCUGCCGACCAACUAAAUUUGAAAAGAGCAUUGUCUACUAUGGAAAUGGCACCCAUAACGAAAUACCUAACGUAUCAGCGAAGCGUUGUGGGUGUGUAUGACCCAAAGUAAUGAACCUCUUCAAGCUGCUCAAAGCUUCUGCUGAAAGAUCCAAAAAGGGAUGUAUAAUGGACAAACAAAGACCAGCAGGCAGGAGGAAACAAUGGGAAAAUGUUUAUGGCGUCUCCAUGGGAACCUUUUUGAUGGACUGACUUUGAAUGAAUUUGUCUGUCGCUGCAGGUUGGAAGCGGAUUACAUGUAUGGCAAACGCUAUGAUAAUGAAAAUGAGAGCACAAACAAAUACAUGUUUAUAUCUUUUCUAUCUGUGUAGUAACACUGUAAACUAUGGUGUAAACAGCAGUUUAGCAACAUGAGGUUUGUGUCUUCUUAGUCAUUUGUACAUGUUUAAAUUCAGAAUGAUGCGACAGGGUGGACCGGAUCAUCUCUGUUACUGCACUUCAUUCAAAUUUCUAUACAAAAUUUUAUAGUUUAAAGACUUAUCAUCCCAACAAAUUGCUAGUCAGGCACAUAAAAUACAAAAGCUAUAAAAUGAAAUACACAUAACAAAAAUCAGCACAGGACAACAUACUCAUUUAAACUCAAGAUGUGUCCAGAGGUUUGUGUUAAAUUGUUGCAAGCCAAGGAGGUAAUUAAGUCAUGUUUUCUCACUUAUGAAGUUUAUCGUUACCAAUUGCAGCUUUAUCACACAGGUAAAACAAGAGAAGGAAUGUUACUUAUAAUUUAUCAAUGAAAAACCUUAUGCUUUAGUUCCUGGUACAUCACCCAUAAUUACUGCAUUUUAUUGAUAUUGUGUAGAGACUUUCAACAUGUAUGUAUUGUCAGUGUAAAAAAUUCUGCAUUCUGCAAAACAAAUCUACUUUCCCCAAAUUAUUUACCAGGUACGCCUGGUAAAGGUGCGUAAAAAGUAUUUAAAUGAAUGUUUUAUUGCAUCUCUCUCUCUCUAUAUAUAUAUAUUUGUUUUUUCAACUUCAACUUCAGUACAUUUAUUCAGUGGGAAAAAUACCAUGUUAACAAAUAACUAAAAUCACAGUUGGCCCCAGUGGUAAUGUAUUAUGAGGCAGCACUUUAUCUUCUAUAACAUUUCACAAGGUUGGAGCAUACAGAUCUUUACCUUCAUGGAACUGCAAAGAAGGUCAUGGUGGUUUGGUUGUCCACUCCACAUGGGUUUGUCUAGAUGCUUGUAAGGGCAGUCUGGUCCUUGGAUGCCCAAAGCCAGAGCCAUGUCUGCAUUCGCGGCAGAAAGUGUGGCUCGUUUGCAAUGCGGGCUGGACUCAGCCAAAACUGCCACUUGUCCCGUUUAUGGAGGGGUGUCUGGUUUGGGAACCUCAGGGUCUCAUAUUUAGUUUUUGCAGAUGAUGAGGCUCUGUUGCCGUCUUCAGGCCAUGACCUGCAGUGUGAUAUGGCUAAAAGUUGUAAUGGGAUGGGGACUGGUCUAUGACUCAAGCAGAGGAGAAUUUCAAGUAUCUUGGAGUCAUGUUCAGGAGAUGUGUAGAUGGAUUAGAGCCUCGUCUGCCGUAAUGUGAUUGGCGCUCCAGCUUUUCAUAAUUAAGAAAGAGCUUAGCAAAAAGAAAAGUUCAAAAUGUAAUAAUUCACCUAAAGUCUGACCUUCACCUACGGUUCAUGACAUAUAAAUCAUGACAAUGAAAUCUUGGAUACAGGUGACUAGAAUGAACCUUCUAUGUAAACUGUCUUGGUUAGCCCUUAAAAACAGACCAAGGAGUUCCCACAUCAGGGAACACCUAGUCAGUUGAUGUGGUUUAGGGAUCUAAUUGGGAUACCUCCUGGGUAUCAUUCACUGGUAGGCAACCCAAACAGUGCACCUAGAAUUUGUUGAAGGGACUAUGUAUCCCUUCUGUCCAGAGAACCCCUUGGGAACCCAACAGAACAUGCCAGAGAACUUUUCUGGGUCUUGAUUUCCCUUCUAGACUUAUUACUGAUCUCAGAUGAGCAGAUGACAAUGAAUGGAUGAAGUAUACAGAGAAGGGGCUCUCUUUCUUGCACUCUCUGUCUAAAUGAUCCAACAUUAUGGAUCCUCUGUCAGUUCAUCCAGCAGGUUUUUCACUGAAUGUAUGUCUGGGGACUAUCACUGCUGUAUAGCUUGAUUUGGCUAUCUGUUUUGGAUCAUUAUUGUGUUAAAUGACCGCUCAUUUUAGGUUUUCUGGUAGAGUCCACUAGAUAUGUAUGAAAAUCUCCUGGUAUUUCAAAGAUUUUAUGAUCUCAUGUACAAGGUUCUUAGGGCCCCUGAAAGAGAAACCGGCCCACACCAUCACAUAUCCUCCACUGUAAUCAACAGUGAGGAUGACAUGCUUCCUUACUUAUUAUUUUUUGUUUCAGGCCAAACUCAUCAAGAGUGUUUGUGGCCAAAAAGAAAAUCAAGAUGGUCAGACAGAGAAGGUUGUUUCCCAACAUGCUUCAAUGAAAACGGCUCGUCAUGUACGAAGUGUCUAAAGCUGGUUAUGGAGACUUGGUGACAUAAAUUCUCCCAUAGCUCAGUUAGGUAAAAGUUUCUUAACAUUGAAUUUUUUCUGACUGAAUAAAUGUACCCAGAUUAAAGUUUGGAUUUUUCCUACUUUUUAUUUAGGUUGCCAUUAUGCUUCUGAAAUAAAGCAUUCAUUUAAGUAGUUUUAACAUAUCUUUAACAGGAGUGGCAACAAAUUUGUCUGCAUUUUUAUAUCAACUGGAAUCUUUUUUACUUAAAUAACUGCCAAAACUUCAGAUGUAAUAAAUGUACCAAGUCAGAAACAUAUUUACUCUUAAGUUUAAGAUGGUAUAAAUUGUUCAAAUUGUUAUUGCAGGAUGGAAUCUGUGAAAUGUUUGCCUCAAACCGGGUUUAACUGAUUUGCAAAGAUGAAACAGGAGAAAGUGGGAAACAGAUGAAUGGUUUUUGUGAAAAGAUGGUGGAAUGUUUCUUUUUGCCCUGAGAAGACGAAACCUCAAAUUUCUACCCAUCUGUAAAGCGUUUUCUGACCCAUGACCCACUAUACUGUACAGCCUUUCGACUGGCCCCGAACAUGCCUCUGUAUUGUGUUGCCUGGUAGACUUUAGGAGAGUAAUAAGCUUUGUACAUAAAUUAUGCAUCAUUUUCACUCUCUGAUGUCCUAAUGUAGAUUGAAAUACCUGCCGGAAGUACAGCUAUUGUUUUGUAUUUUUGUUUCUCUCAUGAGAAGGUAAAAGCGAGGGGUGCGGAUGCGGUGCAUCUAUGUUGUAGUUUAUAUUGUAUUUAUUUUGGAAAUAAAUUAUAGAUUUUCAUAUUUAUUAAGAUUACCACACAUAAAGGGGACAGCUUUUAUCAUCAAGCAACUGUGCCAAAAAAGUUUUAUCUUACACACUAUAUUGACUGCUGAAUAAAGAUAAUUUUAAAACGUG